AUGAUAAAAGAGUCGUUUUCCAGGACCGCGACGGGCGGGUUCAGCGGCAGGGCGCUGCGGCUGGCAGUGACGAUCACGGCAGUUACAGGGUUCUCGCUGUUCGGGUACGAUCAGGGCCUGUUGUCGGGGCUGAUCAACGGUGAGCAGUUCAACCACGAGUUCCCGGCGACGCUGGAGCAGGGCGACAACGACCGGCACGCGACGGUGGUGCAGGGCGCGGUGACGUCGUGCUACGAGCUGGGGUGUUUUUUCGGGUCGCUGUACGUGAUGGUGGACGGGGAGCGGCGGGGGCGGAAGCCGCUGAUCAUCAUGGGGUCGCUGCUGACGAUUCUGGGGACGGUGGUGUCUGUGGCGGCGUUCCGCGAGCACUGGGGGCUGGGGCAGUUUGUGAUCGGGCGGGUGGUGACGGGUCUGGGCACGGGGCUCAACACGUCGACGAUCCCGGUGUGGCAGUCGGAGAUGUCGAAGCCGAAGAACAGAGGGCUGCUGGUGAACCUGGAGGGCUCUGUGAUUGCGGUGGGGACGAUGAUUGCGUACUGGAUCGACUUCGGGCUGUCGUACGUGGACUCGAGCGUGCAGUGGCGGUUCCCGGUCGCGAUGCAGAUUGUGUUUGCGGUGCUGCUGCUGGUGGGGAUCGUGCAGCUGCCGGAGUCGCCGCGGUGGCUGAUGGCGCACGGGCGCACGGCGGAGUCCAAGUACGUGCUGGGCAAGCUUGACAACCUGGACCCCAGCGACGACAGCGUGCUGGCGGAGGCCGCGGCGAUCGAGGACGCGGUGAACCGCUUCAAGCACGAGAAGCGCUCGCUGAAGGACGCGCUGACCGGCGGCCGCGGCCAGAACCUGCAGAGAACCCUCGUGGCGUGCUCCACGCAGUUCUUCCAGCAGUUCACCGGCUGCAACGCCGCCAUCUACUACUCCACUGUGCUGUUCCACAAGACCAUCAACCUGGAGUACCGGCUAUCCUUGAUUCUGGGCGGUGUUUUCUCCACGGUCUACACGCUCGCCACGAUCCCGUCUUUCUUCCUGAUCGAGACGGUCGGUAGACGGAAGCUGUUCCUCAUCGGCGCGCUUGGCCAGGGCUUCUCCUUCACCAUCACGUUUGCCUGUUUGAUCAACGACACGAAGAACAACGCGAAGGGUGCCGCGGUGGGCCUCUUCCUCUUCAUCAUCUUCUUUGGGAUGACCAUCCUAUCUCUGCCAUGGAUCUACCCACCUGAGAUCUCGUCCAUGAAGGUGCGCUCGAUCACGAACGCGAUGUCCACCUGCACCAACUGGCUCUGUAACUUCGCCGUCGUCAUGUUCACUCCUAUCUUCAUUCACGAGGCUGGCUGGGGCUGCUACCUGUUCUUUGCCGUGAUGAACUUCCUGUACGUUCCAAUUAUCUUCUUCUUCUACCCUGAAACGGCUGGCAGAUCCCUGGAAGAGAUCGACAUCAUCUACGCCAAGUCGUUCGUCGACGGUACCCAGGCUUGGAGAGUAGCUGCAAACCUGCCUAAGUUGUCGUUGAAGGAAGUGGAGGAAUACGGCAUUCAGUUGGGUCUCUACAACAAUGAGCACGACUUUAAAGACGAAAUGAAAGUGAUUACUGAGGCUGAGGGACAAGUUCCUCGGUCGUCUAUCUCUGAUUCUAACAUGGAAUCGUCCAGUACCGGUAAUGGUAUCAUGAAGAAGCCAUAA